UUUAAAAAAGGGAAAAAUAAAGAAAAAGAAGAAGAAAAGAAAGGAAAAGAAAAGAAAAGAAGAGAAGAAAAUAAUGGUUGAGAGGUAUGGGUAGCAACAUGUCAAACUACAGGCAACUAGAAAGAAUCCAGAAGCAUUUGAUAACAAACAAAAACAAGAAAUGGCGGCAGGCAUGAAGUAUGAGCAGAGGCUGGCAGCCGCGGCGCAGCUGGCCGAGCUCGAUGACGAUGAAGAAAACCUUCGAACGGUCGAGGAAGUUGCCAAAAAAUGCAGGUUAUGGGGCAUCAUGGCUGAACUUAAGCCUCACCAGUCCCAAGGAGUCUCUUGGCUCAUACGCCGAUACGUUCGUGGUGUAAAUGUUAUUCUCGAUGGGACUUGGAAAAACAUUGCAGGCCAUAUGCUUGCUGGCAUACUUAAAAAUUGAAAGGAAACGCCCUGGGCCAUUUUUAGUACUAUGUCCACUAAGCGUAACAGAUGGUUGGGCAUCUGAGUUUGCCAAGUUCUCUCCCAGCCUAAGAGUUCUUAGAUAUGUUGGUGAUAAAGAACACCGGUUGGAGAUGCGCAAAGAGAUAUUUGAAUAUGUGAGCAAGCGGACUUCUAAAUCAGGUGCUGAACAGGAUUUACCUUUUGAUGUUUUCUUGACAACGUAUGACCUAGCAAUGUUGGAUGCAAGCUUUCUUUCUCAUAUCCGAUGGCAUUAUGCAAUCAUUGAUGAAGCUCAACGAAUCAAAAACCCUUCUAGCGUUCUCUACACUACUCUUCAAGAGCGUUACAUGAUUCCAAGACGAUUGCUAAUGACAGGGACCCCUGUGCAAAAUAAUCUUUCUGAACUUUGGGCAUUGUUGCAUUUUUGCAUGCCUCUGGUCUUUGGUGCUUUGGAGGAUUUUGUCGCUACAUUUAAGAAAGCUGCAGGUGACAAUACAUCUGGAGAUGACAAACAGGUUAAGCUGUUAAGAUAUAUUGUGCAAGUAUUCAUGCUUCGCCGCACCAAAGCUUUCCUUGUGCAGAAUGGCACUCUUACAUUGCCACCACUGUCUGAGGUCACAGUAAUGGCUCCUCUGGUACCACUUCAGAAGAAAAUCUAUAUAUCCUUAUUGCGUAAAGAGCUGCCUAAGCUACUGACGAGGAGUGUGGGCACUUUGCAGCAGCAGUCUUUGCAAAAUAUUGUGGUACAGUUGCGGAAGGCUUGUAGCCAUCCUUACCUUUUCGGUGGUGUGGAGCCAGAGCCAUUUGAAGAAGGUGAACACCUCGUUCAGGCAAGUGGGAAACUCCUCAUUCUGGAUGCUUUACUUCAGAAACUGCAUUUGGAUGGUCACCGUGUUUUGAUUUUUGCUCAAAUGACCCGUACACUAGAUAUUCUUCAGGAUUACUUGGAGCUGCGAAGGUAUUCUUAUGAGCGCCUUGAUGGUUCAGUGAGAGCUGAGGAGCGCUUUGCAGCAGUGCAGAGCUUUAGUGGAAAACCUUCUAGUGUGCAAGAGGCCAGUGGCGUUGAGAACCCAGAUGAUGAUACUAACAAAGCAUUUGUGUUCCUUAUAUCAACUCGAGCUGGUGGUGUUGGAUUGAAUCUUGUAGCGGCUGAUACUGUGAUUUUUUAUGAGCAGGACUGGAAUCCACAGGUUGACAAGCAAGCAUUGCAGCGUGCUCAUCGCAUAGGUCAGCUGCAUCAUGUCUUGGCAAUAAGUAUUGUGACAGAAAAUACAGUUGAGGAGGUCAUUAUGUCCAGGGGAAAAAGAAAAUUACAACUUACUCACAAUGUUAUUGGUCCUGAUGAUUCUGAGCUGGGAGAAAAUGGAACUGAAGAUCCAUCAGGCAAUGAUUUAAGGUCUAUGAUAAUUUAUGGCCUGCACAAAUUUGAUCCUUCAGAAGAUGUAGAAUGGAACUCAAAUGAAACCAGGUCUACUGAGAUGAAAAAUAUGGCUGAAAAGGUUUUAGGCACACGACUUCAUAGUUCCAUGAACAUGGUUGAUGAAAGGUUUAAAAUUGAUUCGCAAGGAAGGACAGGAAUUGACUCCAUUUACUUUUAUGAUGGAAAUGAUGUUUCUUCAGAAACAUUUAUCGAGACAGAUUCACACCAUGAUAAAAAUGCUGAUGAAGUUGCAUUCGAGUCAUGGAUGGACAGAGUGAAGGACAUACCAUUGAAUGAUCAGUUGGUUAAUGAUGCAAGAGGAAGAAAUCGGGCAUCUUCUCACAUUGAAUUAGAGGAAGCUAGAGCUGAGAAGAGAAGAAAAAUAGAAGAUAGAAAGCUUGCUAAAUGGGAGGCCCUUGACUAUAAAUCACUGGCAGUUGAAGAUGUGUCUGAGAGAUUGAGCAUUGAACAACAAAGCUCAGACUCUGGGGAGGUUCAGUUUGUAUUUGGAGAUUGUACACACCCUAUAAAAUGCGAUCCGAAUGAAGCAACAAUAAUUUUUAGUUGUGUUGACAAUUCUGGUAAUUGGGGGAGCGGAGGCAUGUUUGAUGCACUAUCUAAUAUUUCUCAAAAAGUUCCAGAUGCUUAUGGGAAAGCCCAUGAAUGUCAAGAUUUACAUUUAGGAGAUUUGCAUCUUAUACCAAUCUCAGGAAAAUGUUCAGAUGAACAUGAGCAGGGGCUACCAAAUGAAGGUUCACAAUGGGUGGCAUUGGCGGUGGUACAAACAUAUAACCCUAGACGGAAAGUGCCUCGUAGUGAUAUCUCUUUAGAUCAUUUGGAAAUCUGCUUAAAGAAGGCUAGCAUCUCAGCUUUUCAAAAUUCAGCAUCUAUACAUAUGCCAAGAAUUGGAUUUCGUUCGACAGACAAGCGUACCGAGUGGUAUACUGUAGAACGUCUUCUCCACAAAUAUUCAGCCAUAUAUGAUGUAAAAAUAUAUGUGUACUAUUUUAAGUGGAAGCUGAAAGGGAAUCUAUCAAAUCUGAAUCAUCUCAAUCAAGAUGUGGCCCUUGCAUGAGAAAGAAAAUUGCAGUAAGUUGUGAAUAAUAAGGUCUAUGAUAGGGGAUCUUAUAUAUUGUACAUAAAUUGGACAUUAUAACUAUUUAAUUGUCUAUAUUGUUCGUGUUAAUGAAUAUAAAUAAAACUACCUCGCCACUGUUGAAAAAGGGAAAAGGACGUGCUAGGCUGGUUUGAAUUGACAGAAUUUAAAGGAAAUAUGAACAUUCACAUCUCUACAUUAAUGAUGACAUUGUAGUUAAGUUGUUAACAUGUUCACUUUCAGCAUUGACAAAAUUUAAGUAUUGUAAUAAUUGUUGUUUCAUCAUCUUUGCUACUCAGACCAGUCAUGCUAGAAGUUGAUUGUCAAAAAGAUAUAAUUUACACAUUGAAAGGAAAUUGCCAUUUAGUGUUUAAUUUGAUGGCGAAAA